UGCAACGGGAAAUUGCGUUUGAUUGUUUAUAUAUUUUUUUUGCUUACGAAAUUCCACAUUAACAUUUUGUCCAAUCUUUUGAACUUGUGUCAUGUCGGAAUAAAGCUGUAAAGCCAAAUGAAAGUAAGAUUAUUUGUAAUUGCAUGCCAUUUUUUCCAGCGUUACUCUUAUUUCGGUCAUACAUUUUUCAAGCACAUUGGAAAAGCGACACGCGGCAAGAACGCGCGGAAAUCGAGUUAGAGCCCAGCAGGAUUGUGUACCACAACACAAGACUCAUUUUCGCUCUACAAUGGAGGAAUAUAAGGAGAAUAUUCAGGAGCAACGUGAAAAUGUUAAAUUGUAUUCCAAACCCGGUGACGACGACGCGCCAUGCCGAAUAGUUUGCAGUAACGUUGGUGAUCCCGACCCUCAAGAAUCGCCUACUCGUGGCGAGUUCAGUGAUCCUGUUUAUAAAGAGAUUGCUCUCGCAAAUGGACAUAUCAAUCGAAUGAACAAGGAUGAGCUUCGGUCCAAACUGGCAGAGUUAGAGCUUGAUACAAGAGGUGUGAAGGAUGUGAUGAAGAAGCGGUUGAAGAACUACUAUAAGAAGCAGAAGCUGUCUUUGGUGCAGUCUGUGAAAGAGGGUGGAGCAAUGGAUACCUACUAUGACUACAUCUGUGUGGUGGACUUCGAAGCAACUUGUGAACAGGACAACCCCCCUGAGUUCACACAUGAAAUUAUUGAGUUCCCAAUGGUCCUGUUCAAUACGCACACUUUAGAGAUUGAGGACAGUUUUCAGGAAUAUGUCAGACCAGAAGUCAACCCACAACUUUCUGAAUUCUGCAUAAAGUUGACAGGAAUAACACAGAAAAUGGUGGAUGAAGCAGACACCUUCCCAGAUGUCCUUAGGCGGGUGGUGCUUUGGCUUCAGGAGAAAGAGCUUGGCACAAAAUAUAAAUACGCCAUUCUUACAGACGGGUCUUGGGACAUGAGCAAAUUUAUGAACACCCAGUGUCGUUUAAGUCGGCUCAGAUAUCCACAGUUUGCCAAGAAGUGGAUCAACAUUAAAAAACUAUACGGAAACUUCUAUAAGGUCCCUCGCAACCAGACCAAGCUGAGCAGCAUGCUGGAGAAGCUGGGACUUACAUACGAGGGCCGCCCUCAUUCUGGCCUGGACGACUCGCGCAACAUUGCCCGCGUUGCGCUGCGUAUGUUGCAGGACGGCUGCCAACUGCGUGUCAACGAGCGCAUGCAUGAAGGGCAGCUGUGGACUGUCCCCACAUCUGCCCCUGUCGAAGGAGCCCCACCCCCACAUACACCCCACAGCCGAAACUAGCUCCCUGACCAAGGCUCCCCAUCAGUGGGCUCUGAAAGACCUCUAAUUGGAGGCCUUCAAGCAUCCCAUAUCUGUUUAACCCUCAUGAAUGACUUCAAAAUUAAUUGCACUUUUGCCGCUCAAUCUAAAUAUCUUUUUUUAUUUUGUUUUAGUCCCAAAUUCUUGUUCCACCAAUCCCAAUGCAAAUCUAUUCACUGCUUUUUGACAGUCUUUGCAGAUGUCUACUGUUCAUUCAUACAGACAUAUGGUGUCUCCUAGGGAUUUUCUGUAUAAAAAAGAUUUACAUUUUG